ACAUGGGCUAGUGGGUUAUCUGCCAUAGCCCACUGCCUCCCUGGUUACUGUCUGUGUUGAGAUCGGACUGGGCUCCCAGAAGCUAACGCAGCCCCAGGGCCAGGGUGCGAGUGUCACAGCUGUGCCCAUCGGGGCUGCCAGCUGAACCCCAAUUUCCAUAAUCCUGGGCCUGACCUGGGGACACAAACCUGUCAAACCUCCACAGGAUCACUGGGAAUUCUGAAGUAAUCAACAGAUUGAAUAUGUGACUCCUACAUCGGGCUCCAGGUGUGACUAGAUCCAAGAUCUCCUGCCUUAGCCCCGGCCUCGCUAUGGAACUCGUAGCCUUUCUGGGACACCCUUUGUGCUAAAACCCUUUUCAUAGGAACCUUUCCCGGGCCGAGAUCUGGUUCCCUUUUCUUGUAGGCCCCACGUCAGUGUUCACCCGGGAGGAGAUGGAGGCCCUGCUGCUGCUGGCCCUCUCCAUCCUGACCGGUGCUGGCUGCCAGGACUGGGGGGUGACCCUGCCCGCGGGCCCCCUGGCUGGAUGGAGCGGCUCACGCCUGACAAUCCCUUGCUCUUACACCUACCCCGAGGGGCAGCUCGUCAAAGCCGUGACCUGGAGCCGGGACAAGGAGAGAAUUGUGCGACUCACCGCAACAGCGGGGCAGGGCUAUGACAAGGCCAAGCGCGCCCAGUUCCUGGGGGACCUGCAGCACGACUGCACCCUGCAACUCAGCCCGCUGGCACUCGGAGAUGCAGGCACCUACUCCUUUGAGUUCCAGACCCAAAGCCAAAGCUGGAGAAGCCCCCGAGCUGUGUGCCUCACGGUGUUAGAACAUCACUGCAGGGUCCAACAAGGCAUCUCUAGGAGCCCUGGAGUCCUGAGUGGCAGCAUGGAUUGCUCCAUCUCCGAGCGCUGUCCCUUCUCCGGCCUGUAUUGGUACGACGGAGCCGGCGCGCGGAUCCCGCAGGAAACUGGCAAAAGCAAAAGUAGUCUGAGCAUGCGCAUCAUCUGGCAGCACCGGGGGGCAGUGCUGGAGUGCCGGGUGUGGGGCUACCGGAAUAGGUGCCUCCCCAAAGGUUCCCAGCCCCCCGCCACCGGCCGGCCCCACCGCCUGAAGGUCCUGGUGGACACGGACAGCCCAGGCCCGAUCAGGGAGGGCGACUCGUUCACGCUGAGAUGCGUGGGGGAAAGCGAGUCGCUGUACCAGGUCUACUUCUGGAUUCACAACUACGAGGACCUGUAUGGGAGCCCCUCUCUGCAGAUUGAAGAGGCAACCUUGUUUCACGGGGGCAAUUACACCUGCAUGAAGUGGGUCUCCGACAUAGGGCGUGCCUACCUGGCCAUAUCCCCCACCACCUAUGUGUCCAUCCUUGCCCCCCCUGUGGUGCAUGUGGUGGCCACCCCAGGCCCUCAUCGCCGCACUGGGGAACCUCUGUCCCUGACGUGCCGGCUGGACACCAGCGCCUAUGGCGGAUUGAGCUUCUCCUGGUACAAGGAUGGCGAGCGGCUGGAGUGGGCACAGGUGGAACUGGCUUUCACGGGUAUCCAGGUGGCUGAUGGGGGAGAAUAUCAGUGUGAGGUGCACAACACCCUAGGGAAAUCCACCUCCCUGCCGCUCACCAUCACUGUUGUGUAUGGCAGUGACUGGUACCAGCUGAGCCCUGGCUCCAUGGCAGGUUUCGGAGCAGGGGUCCUGCUGCUCUUCCUCCUGAGCAGCCUCGGGAUUUAUUGUCUGGCCAGGAGAAUCCGCCAACGGAAAGAACUGGGGGGGAGUCUGCAGGGGGACAGCAGAGAGGACCCCAGUGCCCCACAGAGAGACUCGCUCUAUGAGGAAAUCCCAUGUGCCGGGGAGAUUCCCUGCCCCUCGGACGACGAUGACGACUAUUAUAACAGCCCCAAGGACUAUUGUAACUGAGAUCCCUGCCGUUCACAGUCCCCUCUGCGCCACUGCAACCCGGAUCUUGAUAAGAGUCCACUGCUCACGCCCCAGGCAGUGUUCACCCUCCUCCAUGAGCUGGGGAAACCCACGAGAACCCACGCAUCCUAACUCCCAGCCCUUCUUCCGCCUCGCAGCAGAGCCGAGCCCCAGGGCAGGCCCCACUUGGGCCACGGGAACUGGGCAUUUCUGGGGCAGUUUAAUUGUAGCUUUGAUUUUCCAGGCUGUGUUGGCUUUCGGGAGGCAGGUCAGCCUAGGAGAUAGAGAACAGAACUGGGAGAGAGGCGAACUGGGGUCUGCCUGCCCAUGGGCAACUCACAGCCCUGCUCCGUGUCUCAGUUUCCCUGUCUGUGCAAGAGGGGUAAUGAUCCUGUCCUCUGUGUGUAGCACUUGCAGAUCUCUGGCCGGAAAGCACCAGACACGGGCAGGGUGUCGUUACUGACCCCACUGCUGUUUUCUUUCAGUUCCAGCCCCUUUCUCAGCUUUAACACAGUUUUCGUCAGGGAAUUGCCUUUGUUUUGUUUCUUGUUAUUGGAUAAUAAAGUGGUUUUCCAAAACCAUGAA